UGAAGAGGAAGCUGUCAGAAAGGUCGCAACCAGAGUGAUGGCAAGAAGCUGUAUUGGACGGAGUGUCUUUCAUCUAUUAACAACACGAUAAUUCAUCUGAAGGCAACGAAGUUCGUUAAUAGAGCCUCCGACAGGUGUUAAAAGCGAGCUCGCAAGCGCUAGAGGUCAGAGCCUGCAGCAUCCGACUGAAAAUGAACUGCCACGUCUCUGUCGCCCUUGCCAUCGUGCUGCUGUGCGCCGCAGGAGCGUCUGUAGCUCAAGAAAAUCCAUGCAGGUUACCCAGUGAAUCAGGAAGGUGUUUUGCUUACAUUCCUUCCUACUACUUUAACUCAGCAACCGGAAGUUGUGAGCAGUUCAUUUAUGGAGGGUGCGGAGGAAACGCUAACAGAUUUUCAACUGUAUCCGAUUGUGAAAAACGUUGUCUUCGCUCCUGAAGAGAUUAUCUGAAUAAUUUAUAUAACUCAGUGUACAUCUUGUCAUAUUUUUAAUCUUUAUGUAAUCUAGUUUCUAAUAAACAAACAAUUAUCAAAAACCUGUGUAAUUUUA